AUGCUGAGAUUUGUGUAGAAUCAAAUUGUGUUGAAGAGAUUAUUGCAUGUAAACAUAAAGUAAAUUGUUUUGGUAAUUAUGGUAGGUUUUUAAUAUUUUAUAACAAAACUCUUUCAUUUAAGAAUAGCAAAGAACCAUUAUUAAAAAGUGGUUGGUUUAAAACAAAGGGAUUGAAUGGAUUAUUGAUAAGCAUAUUAUUUGUGUUAGAUUUGUUGUUAUUUUGA